AUGAAGACGAUACCGAGAUACAAGGCUUUCAUGUUCUCGUCACUCGAACACUACGCCGUGGGGCACGAUGACAUGCUAGAGAUAUUUGAUGAGUCUCUAGAUACAAUGAAUCCCGACGACCCGCAGAGAUCAUUCCUUUUCGCUGGUAUUGGGGAUGCGAGACACCUGUAUCGCAUGUUCUGGGAUAUAUAUGCAUACGAGGAGAGGGGAUCUCCGCGCAAAAAUUACCACUGGUCUGUUAUCGACAUCAACAAAUAUGCCCUGGCCCGCGAUCUCAUUAUAUUUAUGUUGCUCAACGAUCUAUCGAUUCAGGACAGUUUCGAGUCAGAUGAAGCAAUGUUGAUACUUACCACCAUUUAUUACAUAUUUGCGGGAUCUAUGAUGCCACUGUAUACAUUUGAUAAGAUGCAACAGACGAUCUCUCGAGCUUUGGCCGCGGUGAGAAGUGGUCAGCCUCCCUUGGAUUGGGUUUACUUGCACCAGCAAGACGUCGCUUCCUACAUCCAAGUCUUUACUGAAUGGCAAGACAAGGCGAUGAGAUACAUCAGAAAUGAUCAGUUCCUCCUAGGCUUGGUGAAGAUCCAGAGAGAAAAUGAAGCGACCCAGCACAUGUACCUGACCAGAACGCCGAAGACAUUCCGCCAUGAGCAGGUCUUGUACACGCGUUCUGGACUGCUCUACCCGCCUCGAACAAUGCUCAAGACGCGAGAACUAACCCUUUGUGAACUAAUCGACAAGUAUCCCAAAUUGCCCAAGAAGAACGCCUCUUUUUUCAGGGAGUACAUAAGCAAGAACUGGAAGAUUAACCCGUCUCUGAUUGCUCUGGAUUGGAUUGAAUACGGGAAGGAGGAGAUUGACCUUAAUCACGAUCCUUUUCUCUUGCAAGGCCAGAUCACGACUGAAACCAGACCUCGUGAUCUCCCGGAUGACUUGGCUGAUAUAUGGAAUCCUCCAGUCGCCCCCGGCGUAACAAGUUUAUUCGAUCAGAUAUCACCAUUUUUUACAUCUGUUGCGAAGGCAAUCAAAGCCUUGAAUAGCAGAAUCCAAGUGGAGGUCAUUCUGGGAGAUUUCAUUGACACAACCGAGCUGAUGAGACAUGGUUUGUAUCGCUCCGACAAGACGCCAGCUUCGGAUGGAGACGACAGGUGGCCAAGACCAGAGGGUUUCCCUUGCUUGUUCGAUAGGAUCCAUUCGAGCAAUAUUCCGGACUACAACGGAGGACAUUUAUCUUCCUUUCUGUUCGCCAUACCUCUCCUUAAACGAGUCAUCACCAGUCGUGCAAUGUCGAACUGCCUGCGAAAUUCCCCGAGAUGGUCCAGUAUGGACGACUUCGUCGCACACUAUCAGUGCAUCCCCGACGAAGACACUCUUAAGAAGCUGACGCAGACCGAUAUCAUAUGGGGCGAUGUUGGACCAUACCCUCUUGCUGAAUACGCAUAUUACUUUCCAUCUGACGUGUCCAGUCCUUCCUGGAAGCAGGACUAUGGGUCUCUCCUCGACAGGAAGUCUUUCACCAAAUGGUUUUACGCAUUAUUCUUUAAUUUGGGACUUCCAUACCUUUGCGAUAUAAGAGACCACCCCCUCGUCAUCCACGUGCCACUAAAUCUCACUAUACUCUUCCGCAUGAUCUCCCACCUCAGAGUCUUAGGCUAUCCCUCUCACUGGCUUUCCGAAACACUGAUAAACAUCAUCCAAGACAACAUCGUCACAACAUCGCGCCCUCCGCGUACCCUUCCAACCACAGUAAAAGAUCUCAAACGCUCGUACCCUGCAAAGAAGCUAUCUAUCGCAGCAUACAGGAACGAAAUGUCAACCCUCGCUCAAUUGUUCGGUCCACUACUCCCGUUUUCCCUCCCAGCACAGCUUCUCCCUCCGCUAUCAAAUAUCUACACUUUCUACUUCACCCUCCCCGGCUACCUGCCACGCGGCCAACAACCCACCUGCCUGGCCCUCGCAUUCUGGGAUCCAGUCAUGAUAUCUCCAAUCCUCAACCAUCACUCAUUCAAUGCGCCAUCCGUAUUCGGGGACAUCCAUACCAAUUUCCGCUGUAUCCUUGACCCGAGCUGGGGUGAUGAGGUAGAGGAUAAGUAUAAGGCUGAGAGGUAUAAGAAGUUUAGGGAGAAUGGGAUAGUACUAUGGACAAGCUUUAGGUUUGAUGUUGAGAGGAGGGUAGCGAGUGCGUGGAUGGAUGAGGAUUUGGUAAGAACGAUGGUGAAGAAAGGGUGGGAGGUUGGCUUGUUGAGGACGGAUGUGUGGUAG